AUGUGGGGGGACGAGGUCGAGCUUCUGGGUGUGAGGUAGCCGUGUGUUCAUUUUCCCCACCGUCCGCAACCACGAGUGUGAGCGGAGGGUUGAAGGCCGGUUGCCGUGGUGUGCCGAUGGUGAGCAUUGCGCACCGGGGCGCACGCUGGCAGCCCACACGGUGGCGCCGCACGUCCAGACGCGGCCAGGGUGUGGCCAGUAGGUCGCCUCGGCCCGCACCGGCGCCGGUGGCCGGAGCGCCGAGGUGGAGACGGCAGCCGCGCCGCGCGCACGACGAGCCCGAGAGCAAGCGUAACGCUGCCCGGCGCGCGCGCGCGCUAGAAGGCCUAGCGAGCCCGCCCAGUUCGUGGCCUCUCUGCCGCGGUCUUGCGGCAAGCGCGCCAGACCUCGCUCGCUCGUUCGUGGCGUCCGCAGGUAAACGGAAAAGGCCGUACAGGCCGGAUCCUCUCCUCCUACAACGGGCUGAAUCACAAUGGCACUGCUCUCUCGUACUAGGAAGUUCUGGGCCGAUUGUGAUGGCUCGGAGCUGGCCCAGAGCCCCCUUCCAGGCGACCUCGAUAGAAAAAUCCCCAUGCCUCGUCCUCUCCCGUGCAACCGCAACAGACAAGGCACGCCGCGUAAGCUUUCCCCGCUGCAAAAGCUCACCGUGCCGCAUAAACAACUGACCUCGCAGGCGAAAAAGAAAGCGCGUGCGUACGCCCUCCUCACCCGGGGCGUCGACAGCGAGGCCGCCGACCUCCCCGGGGGGAAAUAUCCCGGUCGACCACGGCCACUGUAGACGCAUCGCAUCACGAGGGCUCGCCACGCGGCCAGCCAACUUGGCGCGCUUUCCGCGCGGAGGCGGCGGUCAAUGGCCGCCCGGUCCCGCCCGGCUGGCGCAAAGCGACGCCGGCAACCUGCAAUAAGAUAAGCGGCUACUUGUUCGACCCUUCCAGAACCAUCGCCCCCCUCCGGGCCUUCCAGAACGCUCCCCCGCCACGUCACAGGAUAAGCCCCUCGGAUGGUUCCAAUCCUUCCAGAACCGUCUCGAUCUUUCGGAAUUGGAAGCCCGGGUGGGGUUGGUACGGGCUGUAUAAAUGGGCGGUGACCGUGCGCCUCUUCUGACGAGCUCGCUCAAGCGCCUCAAGUACGAAGCCUAGAGGGAUAGUACUGUACUUUCCUCUCCCUUCUUCUCCGUCUGCGGUCUGGUCUGGUCUGCUCUGCUUCUUCUCUCUCCGUCCUUGUUGCUUCUCUCUUCUUGUACUCUCCGAUUUUACAUUUGGCCUCCUCCAACCCUCCUCUUGCAGCUGCUUCUGGGCGUCAAUGGGGAGCUCUGCCAUUUUAGGAGAAGCGGAGAUCCCCUGAAUUGGUCAAUCAGCAUUGUUAGUUCAGACGAUUGCUCAAACUUUGACUACUACAGAUUCUUUUCCCCUUUAUUUUGCAACGACCUUUGGGUAGCCCGUAAUUGAUUGCUAGUCUUGUGGUUCUGAAUUUUGUUUUUGGUAUUCUGAUUCAGAAACUUUCGGGUUUGCUUCUUUGGAGUCUGGGGGGCGACAUUUUUUUUCUAGCAAAGAUCGCCUUCGGUUAAUUUUGGCCGGUUCUUGAUUCUUUCUGGACCUCGUUUUCCUUGGUCCGAUCGAUUACCGGUGCUCAGUAAUCCCCUCUGUCCAAUUUUUCUCUAGAGUUUGUUUGGUCGUUUGAUCAUGGAUCCCUUUCACGGCAUUGUGAAAGAGGAGGAAUUCGACUUCGCCGGAGCUGCAGCGGAUGGCUACUCGCCGUCUUCCUGGGGCUCAUCCCCGUCUUCCUGGGGCUCUUCCCAAUCUUCCUGGGCCGGCGGCGGCGCCUUGGCAGAGCUGCCGCGGCCGAUGGACGGCCUCGGCGAGGCGGGCCCCACGCCCUUCCUGAACAAGACGUACGAGGUGGUGGACGACCACAGCACGGACACCAUCGUGUCGUGGGGCGUCGCCGGGAACAGCUUCGUGGUGUGGGACGCCCACGCCUUCUCCAUGGUGCUCCUCCCCCGCUACUUCAAGCACUGCAACUUCUCCAGCUUCGUCCGCCAGCUCAACACCUAUGGGUUCAGGAAGGUUGAUCCGGACAGGUGGGAGUUCGCGGCGGAGGGGUUCCUGCGGGGCCAGAAGGAGCUGCUGAAGACGAUCAGGCGCCGGCGGCCUCAGUCGUCGCCGUCUGGCACGCCGGCGCUGCUGCAGCAGCAGCAGCAGGGCCAGCAGGGGGCGUGCCUGGAGGUGGGGCAUUUCGGGCCCGAGGGCGAGGUGCAGCGGCUGCAGCGCGACAAGGGCACCCUGAUCGCGGAGGUGGUGAAGCUGCGGCAGGAGCAGCAGGCGACGCGAGCGCAGAUGCAGGAGAUGGAGGCGCGCCUCGCCGCCACGGAGCAGAAGCAGCAGCAGAUGACGGUGUUCCUGGCGCGCGCCAUGAAGAGCCCCAGCUUCCUCCAGAUGCUGGUGCAGCGGCAGGACCAGAGCCGGCGGAAGGAGCUCGCGGAGGCGCUCCUCUCCAAGAAGCGCGGCCGCCCCAUCGAGUACCUCCUCCCCCGCAACGGCGAGACCAGCAGCGCCGCAAGCUACAGCGCCGCGGCGCGAGGCUACGGCCCUGGUCUCGCCGACGGCAGUGACGGCAGGCGCGCGGACGGCGAGGACACGGAGAGCUUCUGGAAGGAGCUGCUGAGCCUGGGCCUGGAGGAGAGGCAUCGGGAGGCUGGCGGGGGCGGCGGGGAGGCGAGCGGCGCCGAGGUGGACGACGACGUGGACGAUGAGGUGGACGAGCUGGUGCAGAGCCUCUACCACCUCAGCCCGAACCGGCCCCACAGCCACCAGUGAAGGAAGAACAGAAGACAGAAGGUUCUAGAGCGAGAAAUAUCUGCUGCCGCUUGGAGAACAACGUAGGGCCGCAGCCUGACAAGUGACAACCCCAGCAGUGAGCGAAAGAAGAUAAGAAGGUUCUAGAACAAGAAGUUUCCGCUGGAGAACGUCGAACGUCGUGGGGUAGACCGUAGGCGUAGUGGUGGUGGUGGUAGCGGUAGUGCUGCCUCCAUGCCCCCAUGGGCGUUGGGGGCUGGUCUGCUUUGUUCAUUUUCUAUUGCUAGUUGUAGUACCUGACAUGUUGUCGGGGCCCCGCGGCCUGCAUGCGCAAGUUGCCCGAAACAGAAAGGGGCCAGCGCCUUUUGCCUGGCGUGGUGGAAUAAUGCUCCGAGGCUUUACCGGAUUAA